AUGACGAGGCAGGAGCUGCUAGACGAGGAGUUCGAGUCCCUGCGUCGCAUUGCGUUGGCCAUUUGUCAGAACCUUGGAAGGCCUAAGGAUCGCGAGAUAUGCCGAAGCACCCUCGAAGAGCUGGCUAGGCUCCAUCAGGCUCCGUCGAUCAGGAUCAAGGAGAAUGUGCACAAAUUCAUGAUGUUUUACCUAAAAGUGCUAAGGUGGACCCAAAAGAACCAGCCAGUGGAUUUAUAUCGGCAAUGGUAUGGAGAAAACUUUGGUAACGAUUCGAAGUUUCCCUCAUCGGCCGCACCUUCUAUGGAUGAAAUGCGAAUUUGGUUGGAGGAGGGAAGGUCCUUUUAUGCCAUGAAAACAUUUGAGGACGGCUCCACUACCGUUUUCACAGCAGUGGCCAAAGACCCGAAAGCUGGAUGGUCGGAAAAUGGUCUGAAAACACUUAUGGAAACGCAAAUUGGUUGCGCUUUAAAUCAAGAUGAUAAAUAA